UGACAUCGAUCAAUCCACCCAUUAAUGUGCACGUCUUCCACUGUUGAUCGAUCCGUGCCCCAUUAUCCCCCCUCCAUCUCCAUACAAUUUGCCUUCCUCUUGGCGUCCGUUCCCCUCUCUCCCCUCCAACAAGCCCUUGUCAGCCUUCCAGCCUCUUUGUCUCUCUCUGCCUCCGUGUCCAUCCCCUCUGACCCCAGCUGCUCCUUCAUCUCCACAUCCAAUUUCUCAUCCUCUCCUCCUGGCAGCCGGGCGAUUGCAGAAAGGGAAGACCAAAGCGGAGAUGCUCCCCCUCCUUCCCCCCUGCCCUCCCCCUUUAUUAGAUGCUAAUCCCCACCACUUGGCACUGGUGCCCCCUUGGCACUAAUGAAGAGGUUUUUUAAUCAGCCGCCACCGCACUUCUCCGCCUGAUUCCUAUCCCCCGGGGACGGUGCCGCGCUGGAGGGUGCCGGAGCUCUCCGCCGCUUGCUCAUUUAUCACACUGCUUAUGCCACCUCUCCACUCUGCACAGCCGGAUUGGAGAGCACCUCCUGAUUCUUCCCUCUGAGCAGCAUCUGGGGAGCAUUUUCUCACAAGCUGCACACUGCGCCCUUGGGAGCGGCACUUUCCUUCGCCUGCAGAGGGGUCCCUGGCUCCUUUGAAACCUUUGGGGUGGACAUGCGCUGGGUGCUGUUACUUUGCUGAGGAAAGAACUCCAGACCUUCUCUCCAAUGACCGUGCAAGUGUGGGCCCCAAAUCCGAUGUUUGGGGGUUGAUCUCCAGCCACCAGCUCAGCUGAAGGACUCGGGACAACAACCUUAUGCCAGCGAAACCUUCUUCAUGAACGAUGUUCUUUUGAAUCGGUUUGGCAGCCUAUUCUGGGGGAAGAAAGAGGAUCAAAAUAUUUGGGUGUUGCACAUCAGGUCUUUUCUUCCACUUGGGUGAUUUGGAACUGAAGUGGACACUGUCUCCUUCUGUUGCUGCCGGAUGGCAUUUUGAGCUUUCCCCAGAACCUACUUUUUCAACUCCCUUAAGUGACAGACUGAAAGGCCCUGUUCCAUUUGAACCCACUGCUGUUGAGAUUCACCAGACAACUUUGACAAAAGUACCUCCAGAAAGAACCUUUUCUCUCUUCCUUUUCUUUUCUCAGCCUGUUAUUCUUCAGCUUUGCACAAACUUUGGGUUUUUAUCAUCCCUUUCCAGGCAACUGUUUGGCCAGGCAGAUCUCAAGACCCUGAAGAGAAUCGGCACGGCAAACAUGCGUCUUCUUGCAAUUGUAGUGUGUAUUUGAACAAUAAUCACCCUGCAAACUUGCAAGCGUGAAUUGGAGGAUAUUUUUGAAGGAAAGCGGCGAUGGAGUCAGGACAGAAGGGAAGAGAUUGGAUUCCUUCGUGCCUGAGGGAAAGUGGAUUAGAAUAUAAUUCUUAAAGGAGGACGAACAAAAAGCCCUUGGAGCCGUCUGAUCCCAAAAGGACACAGCUGACUGACUGGGCAUAGGGGGCAGAGACAGACAGGCCGUAUCUGAAGACAGUUUCUAACAAAAUUGGAGGGCCAGAAGGAAACUCUUAACAGGAGUGAUCUGAAUGAAAAAUAAGGGGCAUUUCAGAGGGCUAGUUGGAUUUUUGAGUGAGCAGAACCUAGAACUCUAAGCAUUGCCUCUUCACCACAAGUGACGGCCAUUGUGGGUUGUGAAGACUGCACCUUAAUCUGGCUACUCCCAAAAAUACCACUGAGGGGUACCAAUCUAGAGGGAAAAGAGGGGUUGCUCGAGACAACGGAACUUGCUAGUAGUAAGUCAUUUUGGGGAGUCAGGGUUGCAGGCUGGGUUUUCCACUCCUCUCCCCCUUCUCAGGGGCUUGAAUUUGAGGGGUGGACGAGGCCUUUGAAAGCUCACAGAGCUUUCCCCUCUUAGCAGACAAGCAGAACUGGCAAACCUUAAAUCACUUCAUGCCUCGUGACAAACUGUAGAGUUGUUUAUACAGUCCCCUCUGAGCUGCUAGAAAAGGGGGAAGCUGGGCGUCCACAUUUCUUGACACCCCAACUCUAAUGGGGAGGUUUUCACUCUUUAAAACUAUUUCAGAAGGGCUACUGUGCAGCAUUUAGACUGCAGCAAUUAGACUAAAGUUUAGACUAUUUCCACUCUGUUUGGAAGAGACUUUGUUAGUCAAGGACAUGUGAGGGGAAAAUCCGAGAUGGUUUGCAAUUCUUUGUGGACUCUAAAAGACUUUUUGCAUUGACUUCAAACCCAUCACUUUAAACACCAAACCAAACCUUAAGGGAUUUAAGAUUUUAAUUUGGAAGAUUGAUUAAUCGGGGCAAUGGCCUACAACAGCUUUUUAACAAGACUUUGAAUGGGUGUUGUUAAUAAUUAAUUAAUAUAGCUAUAAAAAGGGGGAAGGUUAGCAGUGGGGGAAAGUAUGUGUGUGUUUUAAAGUUCUUUUUAAAGUACUCAGCAUAAACUAGACAACCUGCUAAUAAUUACUUUAUACACAGAUCAUUAAUCAAAAUCUGGAAGGUCUAGGUAGGAAUCAUGCUGCCUAUCUCCUUCUGUGUUCAUUAGUUCAAACUAAUUUCUUUCUGAGACCUUAGGUAUCUUGGGUGCCAGCACCCGCCUGGCUCUUAAGCACUCCUCAAGUAACUAGUCCCUAAUAAGAACAGAACCCCAGGCUGAGUUCAAAUUAUGAUUACACCAUUUUGUGGUGUACUGCUUCAUAGUGGGCAUAUUGGAUGGGCCACAGCAUACGAAUAAGGAAGAGAAAAUCAUGAUCAAAAGUGAGGCAUUCUCUGUAAACGGAGGUUUGUUGAGAAUUGGCUUCUCUCCACUGAAACAAGGAACCAGCAGAUUUAUCCAACAGUAGAACAUAGUUUUCUGGGAAUUGUGAGCGAAUUUGAAUUAUUUCGGUGCGACUUCGGGCAGCAAAACAGACAGAUCCUCUCAUCUCUUGGGAAAACAGGGACGAUGAUUAAACUGAGCCGAAGGUCCCGCUCAAUGCUCUCCUUGGGCCUCAACUCUUUGGCCCUCUGCUUUUCUGUUUCGGCCUUCUGCACCAGCUAUUGGUGUGAGGGGACCCACAAGGUGGUUAAGCCCCCCUGCCUCUCGGCCGUCAAGAAGGGGAACUGCGUGCCCAUCAACAGCAACGAGACGAUGGAUGGGAACGUGACCAUGGACCCCCACGUCGUCCAGUACAUCUGGGAAACGGGUGAAGACAAGUACGCUUUCCGGUAUUUCCACACGGGCUUCUGGCUCUCGUGUGAGGAGCAUCACGGAGAGGAGAAGUGCCGGAGCUUCAUUGAGCUGCCCCCCGAGUCGGAGAAAGGGCUCCUGGGCAUGGUAGCCCAUAUGAUGUACAUGACCGUCUUUCAGGUGGCUGUGAACCUGGGACCAAAAGACUGGAGACCUCAGACAUGGUAUUAUGGCUGGUCAUUUGGCAUGGCCUGGCUCUCGUUCACCCUUUGCAUGUCAGCCUCUGUGCUGACCCUCAAUACCUACACCAAGACCAUCCUGGAAUUCAAGUACCGCCGGCGGAUUUUUGAGAAGCACACGGCGUCGAUGGGGAGCAGCAGAGGUCCCGGCUCGCCCGCUCUGGCCCCUGACCUCGAACGCUUCCUCUGGGAUAAAUAUAUCUUCAGCGUUAGUGACUCUCUAGACUUCUCCCCUAGCCCUCCAGGCCCAAUGGCUCCAGGCAUUGGGCGCAAGGCCUACGCGGGAGGGUAUGCUGGGCUCGCAGGAGGUCACAGUGGAGAUGCUGGUGACGAGGAUGACGGGGAGCCAUGCUAGAGAGAGAGAGAGAGGAUGUUGGGUGGAGAACAAGACCUCCCACCAUCACAUCCCUUCUCUUCCAUUUGCUCACCCAUCCAUCCAACCGUUUGUCCCAUCACAAAUAUGCCCUUCCCUCUGCUUAGGCAACCUAUGGCCAUUUCACAACCCGUGAAAAAAUUGGUUCUUUGAGGUUGCCAUGACUUUUAGGUUGGGUAAAAGGGCGAGAGCAGACCUAUGGAUCAGGCCCAUUUCAAACUGUACAAGCAGUUACUUUUUGGGGGGUGGGGCGAAGAAGACAUCAUUAUUAUUAUUUUGGCAGCCCUACCAGGAGGCAAGAGGAGGCAGCUGCCUCAUGUGUUGAGUUUGGGGCGGUAGAGUGGGAGGUGGGCAGGUCAAACCCAGAGGGCGAAAUGUAUUAGGAAGCUGUUGUGCAGGAACCUCACAGGGAUAAAUGGAAGCCAUGAAAUGAUAUUAUUGCGUUCUUGUGGAGCUCUCCUUCGGUUCAGCAAGGCAACACUAAGAGCUGGCCUUGAGAUUUUUCCCUCUAAGGCAAAGGACAAGAUUGUCCCCGCCAAUACACUGGCAUUUGAAUCAUUCUUAAAAACUGAGGGGCAGCGUCCGCCACGGCACCUGAGGAAGGCAACUUCAGGGAUCACGAAGAGGCCUGUCUCUUUACCUCUCAGAAUCAGCUGCCUGAGGCAGCUGCCUCACUUUGCCCAAAUCCCAGAGGAUUGUGUGCCCCGAUUUUAUUCCAUUAAUGCUGUUCGGAUGUUUUCUUCUUUAGACGCCGACAUGCCUCUGGCAUAUGGCCACAGAUCAUGGGGGAUACCUCUCAGAUUGUGCAUUGCAGUUGCUCGUGGGGAGUGUGGCAGGAGAUCUUGGCCCAAUCCCACUGUGACUCCUUGAAUUUCGAGGCCCUCUUAUGCUUUCUGGCAUGUUCUGUGAGGGCUGUGGCUAGUUAGGAAAUAGCCACUGUGACAAACUUUCGGCCUUGUUAUUUAGGUGCUGCGGCACCUGCUUAUGUCAGUAGAAACCAAUAGGAUUGCCUUCUGCUUGCGGCUGCAGUAGAAUCGUGUGUAUCCACUGUCAGUUGACACCAAGGGCUGUAUAUAACCAUUUAUUUAUCCAAGGCUGUUUGCGGUGCAUAUUGGACUUGUUCCUCACUAAUCCUGCAUAGGUCCUGUCUGUAAACAAGGUUACUAGUAUAUUAGUCAGCUUGCACUUCGCAAAGGUAGAUACCGGGCUGCUUCAGUUCGUGUUUCAUUCUUGAGAGGGAAAAUUCCCACUCUCCUUCAUUCCCAUCAAAUAUUCCUAUCUACAAAUCCCAGGGUCAGCAGAAAUUCCUGCAGCUCCCUGUUCUGUGGUGCAUGUAGCAGGCUUAUUCUCUCACUGCUCUUAGGAGGUGUUUUGAGCUAGUGUCAUAAAGACUUCAGACUUUUUCCUAAUAACCAAGGCGUGGAGCACACGUAUACACUAAACCCCAGCUUUCUCUGUUGUGAAAGCACCCUAACAACUUUGAUAGCCUCCCCACAUCCUGAGGGGAUGUCAGCGAGCGAGGCCCAAGUGUCUUUAUGUAUGUGGCGUGUUUGAGUAGUAAAAUAGGUCUUGCCUUGCCGUGUUUUCACAUUGCCCAUUUCAACCAGGCACUGAACUGUUAUGGCUCCUUUUCAAGGCUCUGGGCUCCUUCAGCGUCGUAGCCCUGGCCCCCCCCCGAUGGCAGCCAUGGCCCCUCAACACUGUCCCCACCUCACAUGCCUUCCCCCCAAAACCCGUCUGCAGCUCUCCUGAUUUAUCUCAUCGGCUUUGCUUCAUAUAAUCUCCCCGUGUGUGGGGAAUGAGAAGAUCAAGAGUUGUUAAUUUCUGGUUGAUUAAAUAAAUUAAAGGAUUAAUCAGUGUCA